AGUUUGUGGUUGGAUAUAAUAUGUCAUGUUGCUGUGUUUUAUCCGAACAUUUGUUGUUUUAAAGACAUGCUUCACAUUCUGCUUAUGAUAGGAGAGUUGGUAUUGAAUGCUCUUAUUUUAAGUUAGUUUAAUGCAUUCUCAGAGUCAAUUUAAGGGUAAAAUGUUGAAUAAAGACACUUGUAUUUUGUCUCUGUUGUUGUAUUUCAGGCUGACUUUAUACCACUUAAGCACUAUUUUAAGAUUUUAAGUGUCAUCUAUGAUUUUUAGACUGAAACAUGACACAAAGUUUGAGAAAAUUAUCAAAUGUUUUAAACUGGACAACAUUUCUUACACAAUAAUGCAGAGAAAAUACAAGUCAACAAUUUAUCCCCUUAAAAUCCUGCAAGCUACUUCCUUAAAUUCAGGUCCGAGCAUUUGCUGUUGUGUAACUCAUAACUGUACAGGUACUGUGAGAGCAUCUAUUGGCUGACUCCUGGAGACUGACAGCACCAACACCCAAUGUGAAUGAAGAAGUGAUAACUUAUGAAAGUAACACUAAAGCAGAAAAAAAAAGGCGCCGUUUCUCUCUUCGACCUCUGGGGCCUGCAGAGGAAGGGUGUGGUGCCAUCUUGAUGGCAGAAGGAAGGAUGAUGGUGCAGUGAUAGGCAGUAAAUGCUAAGUCCUGCUUCCACACAUUUCCUGCUGCAAUCUUAGGCCAGACAGAGACAUGUCUUAAUUUCACUUUGUAUUAAUAUAAUAUAUACCUGGUUAAUCUGGUGGUUAUUGUGAUAUAUAAGGAUAUUGACCUAACAGUUCAUUUGAAGGCUCUCCCUGACAAACUGAAGAUGAAACUGAAGAAAAGGGAAAGAGCUAUAACUGACCUUAGGGUUGGGUCGAGUUAAAUGAUUGGACGCAAUUAAUAUGGUCCUGUGACAAGCCAACAAUACCAGACUUUUUUUUUUGUUUACUAAUUAUUUACAGAUAAAUAUGGAGGUCAACAGAAAGUGCAGACAGCUGCCAAGUCUGUUUCCUUUAGUGAAAAAUAGCUGCACGUGAUUCUGAUCCACUACACACUUUUAUUGAUUCUACCUUGGUACAUGCUACAGCUUUCCACUAAGUUUCAGAGAAAUUGGGCCAGUUAGAAAAUUCAGCUUAAAAGCAAACAAACCAAGCAAAAAUAAAAAAUAACCUUCAAGUCAAACGCAAUUAUGACAAUUUGUCAAAUUAUGAGGUCUUUAUAAAGGGUUACUAAUCAAGAAAUGGUUAUGAACUGGGAUUUAUUUCCAAAUGUCCCCUUAGAAAAUAACGUUUAUAGUUUUAACUCCACUACCUGUCAACUCUACUAUUUUUCUAUUAGGUCUUCAUUGUAUGACAUCAUGAAGGAAGAAAAGUGAUUGACACCAGUGUGUGUGAGAGACAAUAUGACUCUGAAUACGUCUGGAGCGUUGGUGGAGUCCCUGAGCGACUCUAUACGAUGUGGACACAACAUGACCAACUGGGAAAAACGCAUGGACAACAUGUACACCUACUUCUACCUGCUGCUCUUCAUCCCCGGCCUGUUGCUCAACACCACCGCACUCUGGGUCCUCUGCAGACACAUAAGUAAGAAGACAAAGGCGGUAAUCUUCAUGAUUAACCUGUCGUUGGCCGACCUGGCCCACAUCCUAUCUCUGCCCCUCAGGAUUUAUUAUUACUUCAACCACACCUGGCCUUUUGGACAAGGCCUCUGCUUAUUCUGCUUCUACCUCAAGUACCUCAACAUGUAUGCCGCUAUAGUGUUCCUGGUGUGUAUUAGCAUGCAGAGGUGUGUCUUCCUUCUCAACCCGUUCCGCGCCCGCAGUUGGAGGCGGCGCUAUGACCUGUUGAUCAGCCUCAUAGUCUGGGUGGUGGUCGGCCUGGCCUGCUCGCCUUUCAUCCUGAUGCGGCGAGGCAGCAGCAGCUCCUCCAGCCCCACCAACAGUACACAGACAGUCUACAACAUGUCCUACGCUCGGUAUACCCAGCAUCCCUCAAUCAAUAUCAGCACAGUCUCCAACCCUAGCAAAUUUGGCUGUUUUAAAGACUUGCCCAUGCUUCGCCUGAAGCCAUACCUAGCUAUCGCCAUGUUGGGUCUCGCUGAGCUUUUUGGUUUCAUUAUCCCUCUGACCUGCAUCCUUUUCAGCUCCAUCCGAAUAGCCCGGUCUCUCUACCAACAACAAACCCAGGAUCAGCCAAACCUGACGGCGCACAACUCCACAGCACGCAGUCGACUCCAGUCCUUCAUCUCAAACUGUCCGGCGGAUACCUCUAAUGAAAAGCUGACACAAGCGGAGAAGCGGCGUGCUCUCCGCAUGGUGCUGAGCUGCUCUGCGCUCUUUUUGUUGUGCUUUGCCCCCUACCAUCUCAACUUCCUGCUGUACCUGCUGGUGUCGCAGGACAUCGUGACCCACUGUGCCACGAUGCUGGCGGUGAGGCAGUUCCACCCGGUGUCUCUGUGCAUGGCCAGCCUGAGCUGCUGCCUCAACCCUCUGCUUUAUUACUUUCUAACAGCCGAGUUCAGACUGCACCUCACCAGGCGCACCUCCUCCUUCACUGCCUCACUGCUCUCCUCCCCGAUCAGCUCCCCCACCCAGCGUGCCGUCCCGGAGAGACUAAUGAGCAUGGAGAGUAGUUGCUCAGAGAGGGAGUAGUAUUAUUCAAGGGUAGUCUGGUUUUUGGUCACUCUUUCCAUUAAUAAAAUGUAUUUUUAAACAAACUAAGAGCGUUAUAAUAUGAACAUAGCACCUUAUAAUUGAAACAAGCACCACGUAUUCAUAGUCUUUUAUAAUAUUCAUCAUAAGACAUUAUAAAGGAUUCAAAAUACUUCAUAACUGCUGUUUUGUUGCAACGGUCAUCGUUUUGAUAAUUAUCAUAGCUCUAAUUAUGUUGCAUUAUGAUGCUAUUUAUAGUAAGUCUAAGUGAACAUGGGUUGCUUUAAGGUACAUUUGGAAAAUUCUUGAGGUAUACAUAGAAAUAUAACAAUACAAGCUGUUAUAAGUCACCACAAGUGCUCAAUGCAAAUUUAAAAUAUAACUAAGUCCCUGCCAACACUGGAAAAAAGUUGUAAAACUAAUUUAUAUCUUAAACAAGGCAUGAAAGAACUUAAACAAUGGGCUCAAAAUAUCAGAUAAUACCUGAAACCAUGUAUUAUUUAACCACGGCUGUAUAUAAUGUGUAAGUGAGUCAAUCAAGUGUUUAAUAUGAGUAUAUAGUAGGAUUACAUUAGUCAAAUGUAAAUGUCCACCAUUUUUACAUGUUUGAAAUAUGUCACCUCGCAACACUCAACUGAUGUGUUCUGUUUUGUGAGCUGUUCUUGCAUAAAUUAGUUCUUACCUCAGAUAUUCCUUAAUUACUUGACUUAAUGACCACAUGUAGUCAAAUUAUAAAUCAUUGUAACAGUGAUUAUAAUACAAUAUAAAAAAUAAUCAAAUGUAUUGCAACUAUGAUAAUUAUAAUACAACAUGAUCCUUGCUAGAAACAGAGACAAGCAAUUAUGAAGUACUAAGUAACUUGACCUUAUAAGUUUUCAAAAUUAUAAAAUGCUUUAAAAUGUGUUAUUGUUGUUGUUAUAAAGUAUCUAUGGGUGCUCAAAACAAUAAUUAUACAAUGCUAUAAGCAGAUUAUACCACUUUAUACGUUUGUUUAUAAUAUAUUAUGGUCAUGGGAGCUAGAGAAAGUGUUAAAAGUUAUUUCUCUGCAGGAAUGACACAACAGAGACAGAUCAUGUUGAACUUUUAAACAGACUGACAAGAUCCGAUUUGGGCGUUGAGAUGAUUUCCCUUAUGUCAGCUGUCUGAACACAAACUGACCCGAAAAGCCUUGACCUCGGUGUGAAGAACCUCCCAGAGGACAUGGCUUUGUGAACAAACAAACCAUGAAGAUGAAGGUGCUUCAUAAUGAGCCUUCACACAACAUCUGAUUGAGUAUAAUCAACGUCGGUAUAUAUUAGCUGCAGCGUGUUGCCUAUAUCCUCUGUAAAAAUGCAGCAACUUAAAAUAAGCUAUUCCCUCAAUUUCAAGCUGUAUUGCAUAUGUAUGAUUUGUAAAUAAAAAGUGUGUACCUUUUCUUA